AUGACUCAAUCUUACGAAUCAGGGAAUGCUAAUGUGGGCAGGGAGGACGACGAUGAAUUUGACGGUUAUUUCGAAGAUCUUGACAACGAUAUUAUGCCGAAUAAUGAUAAUGGGCAAAGAGUCGGGACUAAUGCUGGAUUGAUGUUCAAUGAUGAGAUAGAUGUUAAUGAUAAUGACUUUUUGGAUAUUUAUAACAUGUCUGCCAGAGAAAGGUUGAUGCAUAAUCUUAGGAAGAAUGUUCAAAAAUUUCAGUUUUAUUUUUAUUCAUUAAGAUUGUGGCAACAGAUUAUAAUUUAUAUUUUCAGUGUAAUGGUGAUAAUAAUGGGAAUCUUAUUGCUAAUCUUCCAUAAUGUGAUUUUACAUAAAGUUGUUGUUACUUCAAAUGACUUAAAAGAAAAGAUGUCGACACAUUUCAUUUUAAUAGUGCUAACAUUCUUUGUUGCAUUCCCCCCUAUGAUUGGUUACUCCUUAUUAUCCACCACUACUGGGUUGAUUUAUGGUGUUAGUUUUGAAGGGUGGAUUACGCUGGCGUUCGGAUCUGUAACAGGCUCCAUUGCCUCUUUCAUUGUAUUCAAAACUAUCUUACAUUCAAGGGCAGAGAAAUUAGUGCAUUUGAAUAAGAGAUUCGAGGCACUGGCUUCCAUUCUUCAAGAAAAUAAUAGUUAUUGGAUUCUGGCUCUACUGAGAUUAUGUCCUUUUCCGUACUCUUUAACUAAUGGCGCCAUAGCUGGUGUUUACGGUAUCUCAGUACGCAACUUUUCUAUCGCUAACGUAAUAACCACGCCAAAACUAUUCAUCUACCUUUUUAUAGGCUCUCGUAUAAAAAGUCUUGCAGAAUCGGAAUCUACAGGGUCUAGAGUAUUUGAUUUGAUAAGCAUUUUAGUUACCUUGAUAAUCCUAAGUCUAACUGCAUGGCUCCUAUACUUCAAAACUAAGAAGAGAUAUCUGGAACUACAGAGCAGAGACCGUCAAGUAUCUCCUGAUCAACUACCGGAAAUGUCUUUUGAGGUAUAA